CUGUAAUAGUGACGGUGUAUGAGCCUGGCCUGGAGCGCGCCCGCCGUGACGUCACCCAACCCAGUGCGACGUCACAUCCAGGGCGGGAGCGCGCAUCCUGAGGAGGAGGGAAGAUGGCGACCUCAAACAAUCCGCGGAAAUUCAGUGAGAAAAUCGCACUCCACAACCAGAAGCAGGCGGAGGAGACGGCAGCGUUCGAGGAGGUGAUGAAGGACCUGAGCAUCACCCGGGCGGCACGGUUACAGCUACAGAAGACCCAAUAUUUGCAGUUGGGACAGAGUCGGGGGCAGUACUAUGGAGGGUCUCUGCCAAACGUGAAUCAGAUUGGGAACAGUGUUAUUGAUCUGCCUUUUCAGACUCCCUUUCAGUCUUCUGGAUUAGAUACAAGUAGAACAACUCGGCAUCAUGGUCUUGUUGACAGGGUAUAUCGAGAUCGAAAUCGCCUUGGAUCCCCACAUAGGAGGCCUUUGUCAGUAGACAAACAUGGACGGCAAGUAGAUAGCUGCCCCUAUGGAACGGUGUACUUGUCACCUCCACCUGAUACUAGCUGGAGACGGACCAACUCAGAUUCUGCUUUGCAUCAAAGUACAAUGAAUCCCAGUCAGCAAGAAGCAUUCAGUGGAAGUUCUCAGGAUAUUCAGCAAAAACGAGUGUUGUUGCUGAGUGUCCCAGGAAUGGAAGAGGAUUCUUCCGAAGCAGACAAACCUCAUAACAAACAAGGCUGGGACACAAAAAAGACUGGAUCUUCAAGACCUAAAUCAUGUGAAGUCCCUGGAAUAAACAUUUACCCUUCAAAUGACCAGGAGAACACUACAAGCCUCAUCCCUGCUGCACAUAACACAGGAGGUUCACUGCCAGACUUGACAAACAUCCACUUCCCUUCUCCAUUACCGAUACCAUUAGAUCCUGAGGAUUCUACAUUCCCAACACUGACUAACUCCAACAGUACUGGAAACCUAACCACAAAUUUAACUCACCUGGGUAUUAGCACUGCCAGUCCAGGAAUGACAACAACUCAAGGAACUGUCACAGGGUCAUCACAUCAUCAGCAACCCAAUGUAAGUCCACUGUCACUAAAUUCUGACUCCAGAAGGCAGCAGUCUCAGCAGAUGUCCUCAACUAUGUCUCCUCUAUCACCUAUAACUCAGGCUGUAGCAAUGGAUGCUUUGUCUCUGGAGCAGCAGCUACCACCGUACACUUUUUUUACACAAACAACUUCACAGCCACAAGCACAAAGUGGCCUGUCUCAAAAUUCUUCAUUAAUGCAAAGCUCUGGUUUACAUAGAGGAGCACAACUGCCUCCCCUAACAGUAACAAUAUCAACGACAGUCCCGCAGUCUCCUCCAGGAAUUCAGACUCCAUCGCUGGCUAUGGAUAUCAAUUCGGCAUCUCUCCAACAGUACCGCAGUAAUGCUGGGUCUCCAGCCAACCAGUCUCCCACUUCUCCUGUCUCCAAUCAAGGCUUCUCUCCAGGCAGCUCCCCUCAACAUUCAAUCUUAAGCAGCGUGUUUGGAGACUCAUAUUAUGACCAACAGAUGACUGCUCGGCAGACUAAUGCUUUGUCUCACCAGCUUGAACAGUUUAACAUGAUUGAAAAUGCAAUUAGCUCCAACAGCCUGUACAGCCCAUGCUCAACCCUUAACUACUCUCAGGCGGCCAUGAUGGGACUUACAAGUAGUCAUGGCAGUUUACAUGACUCACAGCAGCUUAAUUAUUCCAGUCAUGGCAACAUACCCAAUAUCAUCCUCACAGUAACAGGGGAGUCUCCACCAAGUUUAUCAAAAGAACUUACCAAUUCACUGGCAGGUGUUGGCGAUGUGAGUUUUGAUUCUGAUUCACAGUUUCCCUUGGAUGAACUGAAAAUUGAUCCUUUGACAUUGGAUGGACUGCAUAUGCUUAACGACCCAGACAUGGUCUUGACAGACCCUGCCACAGAAGAUACUUUCAGAAUGGACCGACUGUAGAGUGAAUACUUUAUUGUCAUAAAUUAUGCUGCCCCUUUCCCCAGCUGAGCAUAAAAGUUCAGCAGGUCAGCCAUGUCUAAGGCAACCGCUGAGAGGUGUCGCUCUGUGAUGUACUAAUGAGUAAAACCUUUUUCGUCUCAAGCUUGCAAUGCUACAAAUCCCACAUUGUGCGCCAUGUUUUAGAUCUUGCAAUUCACUCAUCGGAGCCUGAUGAAGGACUGCACAUGCAUUUCUUACGUUCACAGCCAAAGUUCCAUCACACAGAUUUGUCCACAAGGAAUUGGCACUCUAAGCAACUUGACUGAAUCUUGGAAUAGAACGUUGUAGUGCUAGGAAGUUACUGAGCUUGAUAAAAGUUACAUCCACUUAUGCUGCAUUCAGAAUUUAACAUAUGUGAAAAGGCCGGAACCUAAAGAGGAGUAAUCUUAUUCCUUGCAGGAGGAGUAAAACCGCUUUGAUGGAAGUUUGCCUCACGAUCACAGUUAUCCAUUUUUAUGAGCCAUUCAGAUAAUAAUCCAUUCUUUGAGUAACAAAAAAAGCGGUGCUGUAGUGCAGUGCCGUGUAAACUGCAUGAGCACAUAUUUAUGGUAAAGGAGACAGUAAAAGUUAUAUUUAGUGGAUAUUUUCAUGUAGCUAAACCCAUCUGAGUUGUGUAAGCUUUUUCUUCUCACUUUCGAUUGGUGUAUUUUGUUACCUGUCUUGUUUCUAGGUUUAAUGAUCUAGUUGCUGCCAGAAAGGUUCGUAACAAUCUGCUGUUUCAUUUUUUUUAAUUAUAUUUAAAUGUUUUGAGUAGAUGGAGUGUAGAAAUGCUUCAUAAUGCCAACAGAAGUACUCUGUAUGUUUUCUUCAUGCAACUGGAAGUUCAUUUAAUAUUGAAAAGGGAAUCAUUUCUAAAUCUUACCAACAAAAUAAUUCUUUGUAGACUGGUUAGACAAAUCAUCAUUGUCAUUUGUUUAAUCUUAAUAGAUUCCCAUCCAUUGUAUAAUUGGUAAUUACACAUGGACACAGAAUUUGCAGAUUAGUCACUUAGUCUUGUUUUAUUGCAGUUUAAAUGUUAUGUUACAGCGUAAUACUUAUUAUUUUCUCCAUUUUUAUACGCUAAUUAAACCAAUAAAGCAUGCUUUAGCGUGUUUUAUUGUGAAAAGGAGUAAAGAAUACUUGCUGUUGGGGAGAUAUUCUGCACUGAUGUGUUGUUCAUUUAUAAAAACACUCCAUCCUGCUCAUCUGCACUGGAGUAGUGUUUGUUCUCCAUACGGACACAGCUUUAUGGACAAGAUGAUUUGUAGCAAAAAUAACCCUGUCUGUUAGUUGCUUUCAAAACUGUGUUUUGAAAUUAGACCAAAUUUCACUAAUCAUCAAAUCAAAAUUCACUUUGACAUAUGCUAGCUCAUAGGUUCUCAAACUCGGUCCUCAGGACCCCACACAGUGCAUGUUUUGCAGGUCUCCUCACAGAAUCGCAAGUGAAAUAAUUAGCUCCACCUGUGGACCUUUUAAAAUGUGUCAGGGAGUAAUUAGUACACCUGUGCACCUGCUGGGUUACCUGCAAAGCAUGCACUGUGUGGGGUCCUGAGGACCGAGUUUGAGAACCUAUGUGCUAGCAGGUUCCUUCAUUUACGUAUCAGUAGAAGAUAAAAAGAGAAAAUGAAAAAAAACUCUUGUUCAAAUCAAAUUACAGUACAGGUCAAGAAGGUUCACCGUAUUAAAAGAAUGACUAAAAAAAAGGAGAGCAGAGGUUAUCAGAUUUCUACUCGUGUGUUUGCAUGUAUACAGUAUCUGUGCAUAUCCAAAAUAACAUUUGAACAAAAGCAUCAUUUGUGUAAUGUAAACUUCAUAUAGGAACAUUUAAACAAGUUACUGCUACAUCAGGUGAUCAUUUAAGGAGGAGGACACAUGUAAUAUGUGAUUUUAAAGCCUAAUCCCUGUAUUUCAUAUUGGUUAGUCAUAUACUGUACUUAAACACACAAGUUCUUUUGGUCAUUACCAAGUUUUUACGUUUUUAGGAGCAUCUGUAAAUUUUACAUUUAUUUCAACCCCAUAUUUGUAAGGUUAAUAUUGUGUACUUGAGUCCUCUGUGGCUAUAUACUGGAAUAUGUGUGGACAAAAUAUGAAAGAUUGCUUUCAGGCUUAGUGCUGAACCGUAUUGGAGAUCUUCACCAUUGUAGCUCUAGUGUAAAGUGCAUCCUAGCUAUAUUUACCAUGUGCCGGAGAACAUCAGUACAACAGUCUAAGCUCAUGAAACCAGUGUGUAAAUAGCCUCACCUGGCAGAGUUGCUUGGUUCAUGAAAAAAUAAAUACCUAUGCUCCUGUUA